UGGGGACUCAUCCCUGCACCGCUACCUGGACGGAGAAUUCUGGAGCCUCAAGAACGAGCUGCGCCGAGCCCUGGGGAGCUCUCCUCUCUUCCAGCCCAGGUAUGAUUUAAGUUUGGAUGAAAUGAGAGCUUUGACCAAUCAGCGGGUGAAGUUUGUCCUGAGUCUCCCUCUGCUAAAGCAUAUACUCCAGGAACAGGAAGAAAAAAGGAAGAAUUUCAUCAGCCGAAGCCUUGUCCUGGGAGAGGUGCUCUGCAUGGCGGAUGUGGCCACAUGUGUGAAGUGUGGAAUCAUUUCCUUGUUAUUUGGUGGUGCCAUCAACAAUCUUGGAAGUCCUGAACAUGUUAGCAAGUGGUUUCAACAACUCAAGGAGCAGAAGUAUACCGGGAUGUUUGCAAUGACUGAGAAGGGCCACGGGAGCAACGUGAGAGGCAUCCAGACUGAGGCCACCUUUGACCUUGACAAUCAGGAGUUUGUGAUUGACACGCCAUGUGAAGAUGCCCAGAAAAUGUACAUCGGCAAUGCCAUGCACGGGAACUAUGCUGCUGUCUUCGCUCAGCUCAUCAUUGAGGGAAGGUCUCAAGGGCUCCACUGUUUCAUCGUUCCUAUCAGGGAUGAAAACGGGAACUUGUAUCCAGGAGUGACAGCUAUUGAUAUGAUGCACAAAGAAGGUCUGAAUGGUGUGGAUAACGGAAUUUUGAUAUUUGACAAGGUUCGGAUUCCAAGAGAGAACCUGCUGGAUAGGUUUGGUUCUGUGGCUCCAGAUGGACAGUACCAUUCACCUAUUCAAAGCAAGAGUGCAAGAUUCAAUGCGAUGCUGGCAACACUGACCCUUUCAAGAUUAGCAGUGGCUUUCAAAGCCAUGGGCACCAUGAAGCUUGGACUGACAAUAGCCAUCCGCUAUAGUCACAGCCGAAGGCAGUUUGGGCCCAAGGGCAAAGAAGAGGUGAAGGUCAUCGAGCACCAAGUGCAGACUCUCAGGCUGAUGCCUCACCUGGCCACGGCGCUUGCCCUGACCUUUACCAGCAGGCAUGCAGCCUUUGUCCUGGAUGAAGACAUUUUCCAGGGGAGGGAGCUCAUCACCAGUCGCUCCCUACAGGCUCUGAUGGCUGGGCUGAAAGCCUACAGUACCUGGGAGACUGUCAGCUGCCUACAGAACUGUCGCGAAUGCACCGGAGGCAUGGGUUACCUGAUGGAAAACCAAAUCUCGGGCCUGAAAUGUGACGCCGAUGUGUUUGUGACCUUUGAAGGUGACAAUGUAGUCAUGCUUCAGGUGGUGGCCCGGGAACUGCUGGCCCAGUACAACAAGCAGCAUAAGAAGAAUCCAGUCUUGGGGCUGAUCCAGAACUGGACUGCAACUGCUGGUGACAAGCUGAGAACCAGUUUCCUGGCAUUUAACACUGACACGGUGGGCCACCUCACCUUUCUCCUGAAAGCAGUGAAUUUCCGAGAAAGGGUCCUUCAGCGGAGUCUGGUGUCCAGACUUUACUAUAAGGUGGUAACCAAGAAGGGGGAUUUCUUCAGUGCCUGGAACUCCUGUAUGCACCAUGUUACCUCACUGUCUCUGGCACACAUUCACAGAGUUGCACUAGAGCAGUUCUCGCUGGCAGUGAGGCGCUGUCCCAACGGGGAGGACCAGGCUUUGCUAAUGAAGUUUUGUCUGUUGUAUGGCACAAAGCUGGUGUUCCAGGAGCGGGGCUGGUACUUAGAACAUCAUUACUUGACUCCCAAGGCCAGCAUGCAGAUCAGGGCUCAGUUGCUGGAUUUGUGCGAGUCGGUGAAGGAUGAUGCCCUGAAGGUGAUCUCUGCCUUCAACAUUCCACACACCAACCUCCAUGCACCAAUCGCUGGAGUCCUCAGCCCCCGGGCGCCUACUCCCACGCUGGUGCAGGAAGGGUCGCGGCGACUGUCCAAACUGUGACCCAGGCGUAGCGAGAAAUGCAGUGGCUGAUCCGCAGCUUGCCACGGAGUUCUCUUCGAAUAACUCCCAGAGCUGGAGCAGAGGCCUAAGUGGCAGGUGCAGGGCUGCCACCCUUGAGGGGUUUUGAUCACACAGAGGAGGAGGUCUGGCUAAGGUUGACAAGGCUCAGGACAGGUUAUCCGGGAGGAGGUGGAUGCCCUGGGAGUACUGUACUUUAUCCUAGUCUGGUAACCUCUCUUGGCCCUUGCCUUGAUCUCUCACAGUCCAGACAAUUGGGUAGUCUUGCCUAGAGCCCGGUGCCACCAAAGAUCUCUGCUGUCAUCGGUGACUCAGAUUCCAGUGACUUCGAAAAACUCCGGUGCUGGGUGAAAAAAAAAAAAAAAUCAAAACACAAAAUCAGACGCCCUCAGGCAAAAGGGGUGGAGAAAAGCUCCACCCACUCCAAGCGCGGGCAAAAGUUCAGCAAGGGAUGAUUAGUGAUUCAGACUUGGUCCAGCUCUGCUAGGAAACACGCCGGCGAGAAAGGGGAGUGUGGCCCUGGAGUCGAGCUGGUCCUACCAGGUAGGCGAUCCCCGGACUGCAGGAGGACGCGCGACAGGCGUUUCACCGCACUAAACUGUAACCCGCCCUUUAGAGAAGCAUAGAUGCCAACUUUAAUAUAUUAAGCGAUAGAAAAGUGCUCCCGCGGCUUGGAGGGGUAGGGGAGAAGGGCCUGGGGAAUAGCUACAAUAAACUGGUUUUGGAAUUUGGAGAGAUUACACAGGCGGGAAUGAAUUUCUCAUUUAUUUUCUGACAUCGGGGUUGCCCAGUUUCAUUCUCAAAUCGAGCCAUCGUCUCGCUUCCCUCUCUUCACAUCCGGUUGCCAGCGUCGGGAAAGCACGGGUGACCCCCUGGCCCUUCCCACGUUGCUCUUCUCUGCCUUCAAAUCUGAUCCCAGGAGU